CUGUUAAAAUAAAAUAUUACUUUAGUACUUUCGUUUUCAUCCCUGGCACUAUUCCAAUACCACUCUACAUGAUCAUUUGAUCGAAUGAGCUCACUCUCUAGACCUUUAAAGAGAGAGUUAGCCAGCUCAGCGUCAGCCUCAGCGACACUCGAAAUCGAGCUAAAUCAGCACUUAACUCAUAUGAUUUUUAGUACACAGCAACCACUGCAGCAACGAAGUAACAAGAUUUUGGGUUCUCGGAUGGAGUGCGGUUUGUGUGUGGCAUCAAAUCGAAUCGAAUCGGGUUGGAUUUAGAUACUUUUUUUAAUUUUGUUUAAUCGCGGCAAAAGCAACAACGACGAAGACCAACGCCACAUUCUAAUUACUUUUGUACAUAGAAUGUGCGAUAAAUCAAAAUUAUAAUUUGAUCUGAUUAGAGUGAUCGUGAGGUGGAAGAAAUCCAAAUGCGGAGAAUCGGGGCUUCGGCUUUGCUUUUAAGUUUGUCGUGUGGAAAAUUUAAAUCACAAUUGACCUUUGCAUAGGCCACCUAGCCUAACACACCUAAUAAUAUAAAAUAUUGUGUAUCUGUGUUCAAUUUACGAAACAAACAACAAAUUUGCAUUAGCAAAUCUUUUUUGUUUUGUGUAUUUUUAAGUUUUACGAGCGAAAUACCAUUACCGAACCUACCUACUUGAGAAUAGAACCGCAACGGCGCGUCGCGUCGCCGCCGCCACCACCACCGUCAACGUCGGUCGUCGCCGCCGCCGCGCGGGAGACUUAGACUCGUAUAUUUAAACGAUUGGCAGUGCGGCAAGCGGCAAAACUUUUCGCGUACAAAAAAAGACCAAGAGGUAUCCGAAAUGAAAAAGCGGGGAUCACUUGACGCUUGACGCAGAUUACGUAAAAGCUAAAACAUUCAAUAUGCAUAUUAUACCGUACUAAUAAUAAAUAAAUAACUACACAAAAAAUAAAUUCCCAUCCCGUCAACACCGCAUCGCAUCUGAAACAGACUUUCCUCCGUUCAAAAAGUUUGCUAGCGCUCCUCUUGAGUUUGUGGAAUUUAUCUUACGCGUACCUACUAAUGUAGAGAAGACCCUGAUAUUCUGGGGGAACAGAAGAAGAAACUUAAACAACAACAACAAAAUAAAAGUUUAAAUUAUGCUUUGUUUACAUUGCAAUGUGGUUCGUUGCAAUUUACAGGGGGCGGAUAUCAUCAGCAGCAGCAACAUCGCGGCAACAGCAACAACGAAAGCAGCAGCAGCAACAACAGUCUUGAAAUUUAAAUGGAAUAUAGUGCGAGUUUAGUGAUUUCCUUACCCCAAGUGCCAUCAUAAUCGUCAUAGUUUGCUGUUGUAGUUAGUCAUCGCGUCGCUUUUUAUGUAGAAAAAAUAGUUUAAACAAACAAAGUUUCAAAUGUUUGCUCGGGCUUAUGGCAGCAAUAUUCCCCAUCUAAAUAUUAUUAAUAACGAUCAUUGCUGUGCUAGCAAAAUCAAAUACGAUAUAAAAUAAAAACGGAGGAAAUAUGAGAUUACCAAAGCCAAACAAUAAAGUGUCAAUUUUCAUUUGUUUAGUGUAUUUUGUGUGCAACUUAUUCAGCCAAUGCAUAGGUCAGCAAUGGACGAGUCUGGAUAGUGAUGAUGGUGCUUACAAUAAUGUUAGCUGUAUUGCUCACGACACCAAGUUCUCAUGUGAUUGCCGAAAUACAAAUGAGUAUAUGACACUACCAAGGCUUGAUGGUUACGUAUAUCAAAUCGAAAUAUCAAAUUGCAAACAUAUGUACAUUCGAGCUCAUGCAUUGGAAAACAUCCAAGGUCUCCGAACGGUCAUCUUUAAGAAAGUUCAAAAUCUAAUUCUCACCAAAAACGCUCUAUCAUUUCCCAUACACACCAGCAACACACCAUUAAUUGUUGAAUUCAAAGAAGUCAAGAUUGAAAUAAUUGAAUCACAUGCAAUCAAUGGGAAUAUUGGAGAAAUUACUUUUAUUGGUUGCACCAUCGAAUCAAUAAGACCAUUUGCCUUUACGACAUUGAAAGAUCAUUCGAUUCUUUUCAAAAUGGAUGGUGUUAGAAUAAUUGAUAUAGAACCACAGGCUCUUAAAAAAUUCACUAUUGAUCAAUUGGAAAUUAUUAAUAGUGAAUUCCUGUCUGAUGUGCCAUCUAAAGUAUUUUAUGAACUAGAAGUUUUGACAUUCCUACGGAUACAAAAUGUCACAUUUAAAAAAAUCCACACGAGGGCAUUUUCAUUUAACGGUGUCAAGAAACUAUCUGUGAUAGGUAACAAAGUCGAGAGGACUGAAAGUGAGUGGAUCACUGCCCAAAUCCGAGAUAGAGUUCUCAUCAAGGACAAUAAUUUUGGAUUCACAAGUCCUAUCGCAUUUAAAGCAAUUGAAUUAUCCAGAGAAGUAGCUUUCCUAGAAAGAUUCGAAUUGCAAUUUGUUAAUAACAUCGUUAAGUUCCACAAUGAUCCUCAGGCUCUAGUCUUCAACGAUAAGAUCCAGCUACAAGUAACCCGCCUUCAGUAUGAUAAUCAAUUUCCUUGCAAGGAAUUGGAUAAAACCCAACCGAAAUCGCCAUUCUUUCGGAGUUACUCCGAAAAUAUAUACUUCCAGACAAAGAGCAAUAACCAAAGUUUAACAUUAAGUAAAAUCAUCGAUGUGGAUUGUAAGGAAAAGUCCUAUACAGUGUAUAUAGUUGUCGGUAUUAUAGUUUUAGUUAUAAUUGCAAUCACAAUCGCAGUUAUAGUUGUUAUGAGAAUUGCAAGAAAAAGAAGGAAACGUAUGUUGGAUGUUGUUCUACCCGAAUCAAGAACUUACAAGGAAACACAAAUUGUUUACCAAAUUGAAAAUGCUGGCUUAUUGAAGACUGAUUUGUAAGAAAUUGCAAACAAAACAUAAAACUUACCCAAUAGGUAGAUAAGAUUCCAAAGCUUGAUUGACAGUCAAGAUGGAUUCGGAAAGAGCGAAUCCUUUUGACAGUAGAGCAUGAUGAUUUGUGAGGGUGUCUUCGAUUGUCGAUAGAUCUUCGACUCCUUUGUCAUCUAAUAAAAUUGUGUAGAAGAGAGUUAAAAUUUAAAAUUAAUAAAUUUUGUGAAUAAACCAAAAGUACAUUAUUUACUAAGAUGCUAUUUAUACAAAUUUAAUAUGUAAUUAAAAUGUUAUAAUUUAUAUUUAAACCUUUAA